AGCACCUAUGGUAUUUCCAUAUUGAGACCCUGCUCAUUCCCGAACUGAAGGUUCGUGUGGUACCUAAAUGAACUGUGUUUGAUUUUAUUUGUUUUAUUUUUUUUGUAGUUAUUUAUCAAGUAGUUUGUGACUUUUAUUAACAUUUCCUCAAGUUAUCCUACCAUAAGUCCCACACACUAAAAUUCAACCUCAUUCCACAAUGAGUGACGAGCACAAGAUAAUGUCCAGUGGGGGUCGAGAGCUCCGAGUCACUGAGAAGGGUAGAAGUUACCAAGCAUCUCAGAAGGGAAAGCUGUAUGUACAACUGUUGAAAAGGUUGAAGUCAACUGGAAGUCUCAUUGUUGAUUCAAUUGAACAGGAGGACAGGAGCAGGGCGUUGAAAGAUUUUGACAAAUGGAAACACGACUAUGUGGAGCUCAUCCAAACGUAUGAUGUUUUGUGUUUGCUGUUGGAAGAUGAGGAGAAGAGAUCCAUCAUGGACAAGCACGUGCUCAACCUGUCUGAGGUGAACGAGCUGAAGAACAAGUUUGAGUCCCAUCUGACUCAAUCUGCGGAAGGCACUGACCUGGAUGUUCAGCCUUCCAGAUCUGCUGCAGGUGUGCCACGAUCCAGCAAGGUGUCUGACACCAGCACUGAAGUGAAGGCACAUCUGACUCUGAUGCGGCUUGAAAUGGAGCAGAAGAAAGCUGAAUUGAAGGCAAAAGCUGCAAUGAGCAAGAAGAAGCUUCUUCUGAAGGAAAAACAAGAGCAGCUCGAUCUGGAACAAGAGCAGCUUGAAAUAGAAACUGAACAGAUGAUCAAUGAAGCAAAGCUGAAGGUGAUUGACCGAUUUGAUCCAGAUGCAGAGUCAGAGGCACCCAAGAGAGAUGUGGAUGAUGCUGUGGGUGGAAAGGAUGAGACAACCGAAGCUCAUCGAGAGAACAAGGACGGACCAGAACUGGACACCACAACUGCUGCUUGUUACGAGGAAGCUCGAACUCGAGCCCACACCCAAGAUGAAGACAGGUUCAACACUGAAACGCUGCUGCAGCGACUGACUGAUGCGCUCACAGAGCGGAAUGCUGUCAGCAAGCUCCCAACAAUGGAACCUGAUGUCUUCAAAGGAAAUGUUGAAAAAUUUCCAAUGUGGCUCAAGUCGUUCGAGACCUACAUUGAGCACCAAACAAGAUCUCCCAUUGAACGACUCCACUUCCUGGGUCGUUACACAGCUGGUGAAGCCAAAGCAGCCAUUGUGGGUUGGCUUCACCUGAGAACUGAAGAAGCUUACAAACAAGCCAAGGAAAGACUUAUUGACAGGUAUGGCAAUGACUUUGUGGUGUCUCAUGCCUACCGUGUAAAGCUGAAAGAGUGGCCAGCAGUGAAGAGUGGAGAUGGUCGAGCCCUGAGGGACUUCUCGGACUACUUGAAGCACUGCCAAGCUGCAGCAGCCGAGUCGUCACAGCAUCUGAGAGUGCUGGACGACUAUCUGGAAAUGCAGACGCUGGUUCAGAAGCUGCCGAAGUACAUGGUGGACAGGUGGAAGAGAACAGUCGACCAGUGGUUGUACGGUGAAGAGUCCACAGGGAGGCAUCCACCCUUCUCCGAGUUUGUCCGCUUUGUAGCAGUCGAAGCGAGGAUUGCCUGUGGACCAGUCGCUCUCCCCACUCAAGAAGAAAAGCAGGCUACUGCACACAAGAUGCCACGUGGCAAAGCCAGGACAUUCAUGUCGUCAACUGAAGUGAGAAGGACCCACACUGGUCAAGGUGACAAUUCAAGAGUCACAACAUGUGUGCUGUGUCAAAAGCAGCAUAGCAUCAAGGACUGUGAGGUGUUCAAGAAGAUGACUGUGGCCAACAGGAACAGCAAGGUCAACCAGGUGGGCCUUUGCAGAGGAUGUCUGAGGAGAGGCCACAAGUGGAAGGAAUGUCGCACCAGAGAAAAGUGUGGUGUCUGCAGCAGGUGGCACCCCACUCUUCUACAUGACGAGUCUUUGUCCUCAGGUUCGGAGAUGCAGGCAGAGACUGCAGUCAAGCAACGAGUGGACAGCGCACCACAUGCUACAUCGCUCCGUUCAGGCUCUGUGGGCGGUGCAGAGAGAUCUGGUUGCUCGCACUCGCUCGUUCUGCCUGUACUGCUGAGUCACAGGAGUAACUCUGAACAUCAGCUGCUGGUAUAUGCCCUGCUUGAUUCUCAGUCAGAUGCAUGUUUUGUGUCUCAGUCUGUCUGUGAGACUCUGAACAUUGAAGGAAGGAACACGAAGCUGGAGUUAAGCACCAUGACUGGCAAGUCCAUCAUCGAGAGCACGGCAGUGGAAGGUCUGGUGAUUCAACCGUUAAAUGAAGAGGACGUCAUCAAACUGCCUACAACGUACUCUCGACCGGAGAUACCGUGCUCCGAGGAAAGCAUCCCCAAGAAAGACACCGCUGUGAAGUGGAAGCACUUGGAAGCAAUCGCCGACAAGAUGCCAACGUUCUUUCAGGACGCUCCAGUGGCACUGUUACUGGGUACGGAUUGUCCGCGUGUCAUCAAGCCGCUUGAAGUUGUCUGUGGACAGGAUGAAGCACCAUGGGCCGUACGAACCCACCUCGGCUGGGGCAUCGUCGGCUGUGUUGGCGACGUCGAGGAUGCUGACAGUGAAGUCUGCCACCUGGUGGAUACUGGAGCUGGGCAGAAGAAGAGAUGCCACUUCGCUUUCAAGUCGCGUGUACGGGAGGUCAGUCCACUGGACGUGUUGAAGAGACUGGAGUCAGACUUCCAGGAAACGAGACAAGACAGCAAAACAGGACUGUCAGUCGAUGACCAACAGUUCCUGAAGAAGAUGUCGGCUGGCAUCCGACAGCGAGAAGAUGGUCAUCUGGAAAUGCCACUGCCUCUGAAGGACGAGAAGCUACGGCUACCAAACAACAGAACCGCGGCAAUGCAACGACUGAAGGGACUAAAGGCCAAACUAGUGAGAAAUGAGUCAUAUCGUCGAGACUACGUUGGAUUCAUGGAGGCAACGCUGGCAAAGGGAUAUGCCGAAGAAGUCCCCAACGAAGAGCUGAAGGUAAAUGAUGGUAGAGUGUGGUAUAUUCCUCACCACGGCAUCUACCACCCACAGAAAGACAAGAUAAGAGUCGUCUUCGACUGCAGUGCAGCUUACGAGGGUCAUGCGCUGAACAGCUGUCUUCUACAGGGCCCAGACCUAACGAGGAGUCUCACCGGGAUUCUGUGCCGCUUCCGCAAGCAGCCGGUGGCCGGUGGUUCGUCUUCGCUGAUGCUCGACCUGACGGCCGUCGCCUCCGCCGCGGCUCCGCUGGGGGUGCGGGCUCGCCCGGUACAGCAACUUCAUUCGGCCAUCUUCGAGGUGUUUCUGUGGUGGAAGGACGGCAAGAUGGAAUGUGAACCUGGUGAGUUCAGAAUGAAGACGCACCUGUUUGGUGCAACAUCGUCGCCGGCGUGCGCAAUGUUUGCGCUGAGAGCUGCAGCCGACGACCACCAAGCUGACGAAGAGAAGGCUGCAGAGUUCGUAAGAAACGACUUUUAUAUAGACGAUGGACUCACCUCCGUCCAAGACGUUGAGUCGGGCAUCGGCUUGAUAGCUGCAACAAGAGCACUAUGUGAGCGAAAAGGAUUUAAGGUUCACAAGAUCUUGUCAAACAGUAUCGACGUGGUCAGAUCUGUACCGAUGGACAGUCGCUGUGUCGGCCUACAGAGCCUUGAUGUAGGAACAGGCGACCUCCCGGUUCAACGGACGCUGGGAGUUCAAUGGAAUGUUGAAACCGACACGCUCUCCAUCGAAGUGAGACCGCGUGACAAGCAGGUGAACAGGCGCGGCAUCCUGUCGGUGGUCAGCUCAGUGUUUGACCCACUGGGCCUGGUCUCUCCGUUCGUUCUCAAGGGUAAACUACUACUGAGGGACCUGUGUCGGGGGAACUUCGGAUGGGACGAACCUGUACCAGAAGUCAUAGUCAAGGCUUGGAAGGAAUGGAUGAGAAGUAUGCUGGCCUUGGAGAAUGUUAGCGUGCCACGAUGCUACGUUCAUGAAGGUCUGAGGGACGACAUGACAGUCGAAUUGCAUCAUUUCUCAGAUGCCAGCUCAGUAGGCUACGGACAGUGUAGCUAUCUGAGAACAGUGGCCAGUGAUGGAACAGUGAGCUGUUCUUUGAUUGUCAGCAAGUCGCGUGUGGCACCGAUCAAACCGAUAACUGUGCCAAGAUUGGAGCUCACAGCCGCCGUGCUGUCGGUGAGAAUCAGUCGAUUUCUUCAGGAGGAGCUGAAGCUGCAGAGUGUGAAGGAGGUCUUCUGGACUGACAGCAUGGUAGUGCUCGGCUACAUUGCAAACGAAGCAAGGCGGUUUCAUGUCUACGUGGCAAACCGCGUGCAAGAAAUUCGAAACCACACUGAACGAAGUCAGUGGAGGCACAUUGCGACUGAUGAUAAUCCUGCUGAUCUCGCCUCUCGCGGAGUGGAUGCUGAGGAGCUUGUAGGCAACGAACUCUGGUGGCAGGGCCCGAGGGCAUUAGUCAGAGGAGCUCUCCCAUCGUCCGAAGGCCAGUAUGAGCUCCGAGACGACGACCCCGAGGUCAAACGAUCAGUUGCGGUCUUCAGCAGCGCUGCAAGCACAGAGGUGAGCAGGGCAGAUCUUCAUGAGAGGCUGGAGUACUUCUCUGAUUGGAGACGAGCGAAGCAAGCGGUGGCAAGGUGUAUCUGGUACACGAAGAAGCUUCUCCAUCGCGUGCUCGUGAAGAAAGGCAUCGUGCAGCAAGAUGACAGCUCAACUGGUGAGAUCACAGUCGCCGAUGUGACUGCAGCCGAGACCCUCAUCCUGAGAGCGCUGCAGCAGAAGGAACUGGAUGGCAUGCCUGUCGAACCAGCAGGAACGGGAGGCAAGCUCAAGAAACUUUCCAGACUGGAUCCAAUCGUGAAGGACGGAUUGGUCUGCGUGGGCGGAAGGCUCAGAAGAGGCAGCUUCCCAGAAAGAGAAGUACACCCUGUGAUCCUGCCGAACAAGAGCCAUGUGACGACACUCAUCGUCAGAGACUGUCACGAAAAGGUUGGACAUGCCGGACGCGGUCUGACGCUCGCCCGUGUGCGAUCGUCUGGUUUCUGGGUCGUUGGUGGUAGGCGCGCAGUAGCACGCCUGAUCCUCCAGUGCGUGACCUGCAAGAAGCUCCGGGGUAAAACCCAACAGCAGAAGAUGGCUGAUUUGCCCGCCGACCGUCUGGAAGCAGCACCACCGUUCACAUUCUCAGGUGUGGAUCUGUUCGGUCCGUUCUACAGAGGCGAUCUCUACUGCCGUCGCCGGUGGCGCCGGGUGCAGCGCCUUGCGAACGAGUUCUGGCGGCGCUGGCGGUCCGACUUCCUCCCCAAUCUCCAAGAGAGGAAGAAGUGGACGACGAAACGCACGAACAUCGAGGAAGAUGACAUCGUGCUCAUCGUUGACGACGAGACGCCCCGCUGCCAUUGGAUGCUGGGGCGUGUCGCGCAGGUUCACCCAGCAAAGGACCAACUGGUGCGGCGAGUCACCGUCGAACGCACGUUUAGUCCCCCGUCUCUGUCGGUACCUAGCAGCCCCAUCCAGCGGUUCUCCCUCGACCUCCUGUAA